UUUUACGCCGCGCCCCUAAACAUCGUAUUUACUAUCUAUCUAUCGAAACACCAUGCAACCUAGCGUAUUUGAACUGCUAAGUACCUCAGACAAUCAAUAGAGCCAAAGAUUGGGAGCAACGCUGUGGAAGCAAAGCGAGCAUUCUUGCGUUAUCCCCCUGCAUUUGUUAUCAUUCACCUCGACUUCUGCGAUUUACCGCCAUUGCACGGACUUCUGCCUCAGCACAUACCAGUGUUACCUUGCGAAAUUAAAUUUUCCAUGGGCACAGGUCCUUCUACAAGAAUCACGCGGCGUCAACUCCCUGUAACACCAGCUUACGCAUUUACCGACUUUAAAGCACAAGGACAGACGAUUGAUCACGUUUUAGUGGACAUUGGAAGAACGACAUGUUUUCGCCUAUCUCCCUUCAAUGCAUACGUCACACUAUCCAGAAGUCACGGCCGAGAAUGCAUACGUCUUCUCAGAGACUUCGACAAUGAUCUAUUCCUUCAACAUCCAAACGAAGACCUUCGGAUAGAAGAUAACAGGAUUGAGCGACUCGCGGAGGAAACGAAAAAGUGUUUCUCGAGGACAGACAGUCUGACAGAAAACAAGGUACCAUAGUGCAGUACACUGAAAGAAACAAUGUAGUAGUAGCUAUAUAGUGAUGUCAGAAGAAAUCCUGGGACGAAGCCAGACUAAACGAGCACGAUAGAGCUAGAAAAAGACGGAAUGUGAGCAAGGUCCACGUCGGCAACGCCGACCCCUAGUUACUUUAUAUAAAUCAUAUUCUGCUUGACAAAAUAUCAUUGUACACUUGUGAUA